AUGGUUACAAGUAAAUCUGACAAUCAAAUUGUUGCAAUUCAAAAGAUGAACUCUGUGCGAUCUCGCAAAGCUAACGGCAGUAAUUCAUCAGCUUUGCGCCUACUGGAAAGCGAUAAUCAGGAAUCUUCGUCCAGUGUUAGCAGAAAUUCAGUCUACAAAUUGAAAAUCGAUUUAAUGUUUGACGAUACAAGUCGAUCUACCCGCAGUCAUCGCCUCGAUGAUCCACAUGGCUCGCACAGAACCCGAUCCAUAAUUAUGUAUGGACGCAGUGAGUUGGCCAGCACUGCCAACGAUAGUUCACGAUCCAUAACAAGCUAUUUGCAAGAGUCCAAUGAAACGGCCAAAAUAUUGGCAGACAAUGCCAAAAAAGAUGUGCAGCGCAUCAGCAACAGUGUCCAGGCUCAAAUUGAACAAUUGUUCACAGAUGUGGCCAAAGAUGCCACCAGUAGUUUUGCUGUUACCUGUCUGGGGUCAUUGCCACUUAAGGAUAAAGUGACAAGUUUGCAGGGUCUGCAAGAGCCUCUGAGGGAAUUGUAUUUAAAAGAAAUUAACGAUGAGAAACGAAACACCGGCUUUCUUGAUAUCUGCGCCACGGGACUCCGUGUGAAAAUUUCCACUAAAAAUGAAAACAAUUCCAAGUCGACAAUUGAAGGUGAUAUUACACCUUUUCACAAUAUUGCCGUAUGGUCUGCGGUAAAGUUUACAGUGUCCAAAGAAGAUGGUGGUGCUGCUUUCCUGCCCCUUAUUACAUCACCCGAAAAUAUCGAUAAAAGUCUUCUAUUUCAGCCAUUAACAGUGUCGGAACAAAAACGUUUGGCCAACAAUCAGCAUGCACCCAUCUUUGCGGUCGUUAUGCGAUCUGCCGAACAACCCAAAGUUUUGGAAUGCCAUGCAUUCAUUUGUAAAAGUACCGAAGAUGCCAUUGUCAUUGCCGCGACUUUAUAUCAAAGCCUCAUGGCUCAUGUCAGCUCCAAUUCACAUCGCAGCACCAAACGGCGUACCCCGCGUAAUCAAAACGGUGUGAGUUGUAUUAGUAUUGCCAGUAGCUCUGCCGUUACCGGUUCUAAUUAUCACAGCCGAUCUCAACUGGUUUCGGCUGGACGAAAAAGUUCAUUCCGCAGCACUAACGGCAGUUUGGGAAAUGUACCUUCAGUUGCCUCACGCUCAAGUCGUAAAAAACGUCUUGCGAAUAGUUCGCUAAGCUCCAGCAGCAAUAUUAUCAAUGAAGCAGCAGAGACCUCGACCGAAGAGAGAAAACGUAAAUCUCACAAAUCGAAAAGAGCGCCACCAAUUCCCACAACUAUACCGGGAGAAAUGUCAAGGAGACUGCAUAAUCGAAAUUCUCCCUCGUCAUCGUAUCACGAGAAUAUGGACAAUAAUGGGAAACACAUGAAUAUGGGUCACACGCGAAAGAUAAGCGGUGAUGCGGUUUACAAAGCAUCACAAUUCUUGAGUAAUGGUGCACCUCCAGCUGUGGUGGCAGCUGCUAUGGCUUCGUCUGGUGGUGGUUUGCGCACCAGUGAUACUAGUGGAGAUAUUUUGACACGUGUUGCUAUUCCCAGAUCCGGUAGCUUCCUUAAUACGGGAGGUCUUACGCGGUACAAAUCGAGAGCAGCACGUCGUAAUUCUGAUAAAAUUGGAAAUGAUGGUGGAGGAGGAGGAGGCGGUGGUUCACCACUUGGUUUCAGCGAACUCUUCAAUGAAUUCCGUUUGCACGAGAACCUCCACUCGCUGGAUGACAUUUUGAAUGCCAUCAUCGAUGCCGACGGUAUGUCAUUCAAUGACUUGAAACCAAUCUAUAAGGAGUUCUUGCUUAAGCUGGCGGUGACCCUAACAAAAGACGAACUCUUUCAAAGGUCGAAGAAUAUAAUGCGUCGCCAGAAGAAGAAGAAACUAAAGCGGAAGCUGUACACAAAUGUACCCCAAAAGAAACCGAAAACCCCUAUUUUUGGCACAAAAAGUUUGAAGAAGGUUUUUCAGUUAGGACAGUUUCGCUCCUGUCGUGGAAAGCCACCGAAACCUCCACGUAAUAAAGAGUUGGCAAAUCAUCGCCAGUCUGAUCCACCCAUUGUCAUUGGCCCUCCCACGGUAAUAUCCACCCACCCCAAUCAUGGACGAAGCCAUCAGUCCCAUCCCCACAAUCAACGGAAUCGUGCAACAACAAGUGGCUCCGAUGUGUCAUUGGUGCGUCACGAGAAUGCAUUUCCAGGUCUAAAUCGGAAUAGUAGCAGCGGGUAUGUACCAUGCAGGUACGUUUCCUGCUCCGAGUGCAGUUAUGACUCCGAAUCGUGUACAUGUACAUCGGCGGAUCGUUGUUAUUGCAGUUUACGCACCGAGGAAAUGAACGAAAACGAAUUAAGGCGCCGCAACGAGCGUAGAUCAUCGAAACGUGUUGUUCAGAAUACCAACAUAAAUCGGCAAUCGCUUAUCUCUUGCAAAUCCGACGACAAAUGCUACUGUUCCCUGGUGGAGGAGGAUAAUCAGGUCACUACUGCCGAAGAUGAUUCAGCUCACACCCAUUCCGAUACCACUUGGUGCGAUACGGAUAGCUGUAUUAGCGCCAGUAAAUGCUAUUGCAAGCGUAUUGAACAAAACAACCCUCCAGGCUCCAGAGCCAUGGAGGCCAAUCACAAAAGCAAAUCUCACAAAUCACGGCGAUCACGUUCCACUACACGUAAGCCAAACGACAAAUUCGGAGUCGACUAUGAACUCUUCAACAUUAACAGCAACGGAAACACCAAACCCGUACAAUCACAUGAGGCACUCAGCGUUAAAAAGAGCGUCGAAGCUGCUGCCAUAUUUGCCGAUGUCAAACUGAGUCAGACGACCGACAUUAAAAGUCUCUGCUCCAAUGCGAACAAUAGAGGUGGUAGCUGUCGUUCUUAUUCAGUGGCAUCGCGCAAGCAGUCACAAUCGUAUCGAAAACGGGAAUCGUUCAGCAUUGGCAGACGAAAUGAAAUGAAUUCUGUGCCACUGCAGUCCCUGUCCUCGAGUUCUUCGCAGAAGUCGUGCAGUGCUGAUGAUCUCCUCAAGCAAUUGAGCUACAUCGAGAAGAAUAUAGCUCGGGCGGCAUCGGUGCAUAGCGGAAAGAGCAAGACCCGCGACAUAAUUCUAAGAGAGAAUUUCCAGAACAAUUAUCAAUCGAUGCGGGCGGUGAGUGCCUCCCUCGAAGAUACUUUGGGAUAUUUGCCAUAA